CCGCUGCAAGAUGCCACACUCUGUAUCGCCUGAAAGCGCACCCGCAGAUGAAUCGACGCAGACAAUGUCGCAAGCCACAAGCCAGACUGGGCCAGGAACCCAGGAAGAUGUGACGAUGGGAGAGGCGUCGACUCCCGCAGCAACAGAAGCAGCAAAAGUGAAACUGGAGGACAUGUUCGAUGAUGACGAUUCAGACGAUGAGUUCACUUCGAGUGCGCCUCAGCCUAAACCAAAGGAAGAGAAAUCAUCGCAGCAACAACCAGCCGCAACAUUCAAGAUUUCCGACCGAUCGUCUUUCUCGGAGCCUGAUGUCAUGCGUGCCUUUUAUCAGCGUCUCUUUCCAUUUCGUUUCUUUUUCCAGUGGCUCAACCAUUCCGUCGUGCCGAGCAAGGAAUUCGCCCACCGAGAAUUUGCCUUUGCGCUUCAGAAUAACAUACUGGUCCGUUACCAGUCCUACCCAACCCACGACCUGCUUCGCAAAGCCUGUGUACAAGAUGUGCCUCCGAGAAUCGAUAUUGGCCCCAUAUAUUCAACAAAUCCACGCGACAGGAAGACGCUGCGGAAAGCUAGCUCGUUCGUUCCGGUCUCGAGGGAGCUGGUGUUCGAUAUUGAUAUGAACGACUACGACGACAUCAGAACAUGCUGUACCGGUGCCAAUAUUUGUCGAAAAUGCUGGGCGUUCAUAACCAUGGCCAUAAAAGUUGUUGACAGUGCGUUGAGGGAGGAUUUUGGUUUCAAGCAUAUCCUGUGGAACUACUCUGGUCGACGUGGUGCUCACGCCUGGGUUUGCGACAAAAGGGCGCGUGAGAUGGACGACUCAAAGCGUCGGGCAGUAGCUGGCUAUCUGGAACUCCUCAAGGGCGGUGACCAGGGUGGAAAGAAAGUCAACGUGCGCCGGCCACUACAUCCGCACGUGGAACGUAGCUUGAACAUUCUCAAGGAGCAUUUCUCAACCACCAUUCUAGAUGAGCAAGAUCCGUGGGCUGACGAGGAGAAGGCUGCACACUUGUUAGGCCUGAUUCCUGAUACAACACUCCGCGCUGCACUGCAGAAGAAGUGGGAGUCUUCGCCUUCACGCCCCAGCGCCUCGAAAUGGGCAGACAUUGACAGUGUCGCCAAGUCUGGUGCGCUAUCCAAAUCCUCGAGAGACUUGUUGGAGGCGAAGCAGGACAUUGUUCUCGAAUACACAUACCCACGCCUUGAUGCAGAUGUAUCGAAGAAGAUGAACCAUUUGCUCAAAUCGCCGUUCGUUGUGCAUCCAGCGACCGGGCGCAUCUGCGUACCAAUUGAUCCACAGAAUGUGGAUGAAUUUGAUCCGCUCAGUGUGCCAACAGUGCUUGAUUUACUGAAAGAGAUUGACGACUGGCAAGGAGACGAGGAUGAGAAUGGCGAGAAGAAACUGCAAGAUUGGGAGAAGACAAGCCUCAGGCCGUAUAUCAAUCAAUUCAGGAUAUUUGUCGCUGGAUUGCUGAAGGAUGAGAAAGAUGGGGGUGGGUUGAAGAGACCAAGAGAGGAGGGAGGAGACGCGAUGGAGUUCUAA